AUGAUGUCUUGGUUAAGGGAAAAACACCGUCGUGUCCAAUCUUUCAUGAAUGAUCUAAAAUUGAAUCCUAGGUCCUCUAGUUUGCGAAAAUUGGCUCACAACAAAAAUUGUGGUUUUAGUCUCGGAAUCAAAAUUGCAGCUACGCAUCUGCAAUUGUCCAUAAACUCCGGUUCAGGCCAAUCCUCCGAGAAAAUUGGUUCUAUAGAUAUACAAUAUGUCGGAUUGGGGUCCAGUUUUCGUGGCUGUGGUGCUGUUCAUUCUGUUGACUCCGGGUCUUCUGAUUCAGAUGCCGGGUGGGAACCGGUUCGUGGAGUUCGGCAACUUCCAGACUAG